AUGUUAAUGAAAAAUUUUCUUGCAAAUAUUCUUCUUAAAGUUUAUGGUGACAAAUCCGAGAUGGCACAUUCAGUUGAAGGACGCGUGCCAUAUCUUGACCAUCAUGUUGUCGAUUAUGCCAACCGCUUACCAACAGCGAUGAAAUUGAAAAUCAAAAAUGGUUCGUUGAUAGAAAAGUACAUUUUGAAAGAAGCCGGCCGGCCGUUUAUUACAGACGAUGUUUAUAAAAGAGAGAAACAUCCGUUUCUUGCACCACCGACAUUACUGAAUCCGAAAUCGAAAAUUUAUCAAUAUAUUUAUGAUAAUAUUCAUUCUCGUGAUAUGAAUCAAUUAGAUUCGCUAUUCGAUAUUCCACGAUUGCGCCAGCAAUUAGAUGAUUUACAUAAUGACAAUGAGUUAACGAACAAGAAGUAUCUAUGGGGAGAACUGGCUUUGUUAGAAGGCAAAUAUUUAAUGAUUUGUAGUUAUUUAACUUUAGCCAGACGCUUCCAUGUUAAAUAUGAUUGA